AUGCUUAAAAUAAUCUCAAUUCUGAUUGGAAAGUAUUUAAAUAUUAUAUUAUUCAACCUUUUCAAAUGGAUUUCUUAUUUUAAAUUAAAUAAGAACUUAAAUUUGAAGUUUUGGAUCAUGAUAAUGAAAGUUUUGAUAUAGAUGAUUAAUUGCUAUUAUUAAUGUAUCUUACCUAAUAUAGGUUAAUUAUUUUAUAGACUAUUUUUGGAGAAAUUAUGGGAUCUAGAAUUUAGGUUUACAACUGGAUAAUUAAAAUUGAAAAAUAAACUAUCCAAAACUCUAUUGAUGAACGGUGAUAAAUUGAAAAAUUACUAUAGAUUUAUUCUUCAAGUAAUGGGUAGGAACAAAAAUAAAGAAUGUUGAU